ACAUAUUUAGUCGUGGAUUGCAUUUACUUUUGAUGUCACACAAAGUUUCAAAUGAGAAGAUCACAGGACCUCCACCCAGCAGACUGCUGUGAAUCCGGGGGUAAAGAGGUGUGAGCUGAUCUGCCAAAACUAAUCGGAAACCAAUUGGAGUGGGAGUAUGAAGGUGUGUUCACCGUAAUCCUGUCGUGCUUGUAGUCUCCGAUAAGAUAACCUCUCAAAGAGGAAGUUCGUGUUUGGGUCACAACACCGAGUGAAACUGUCAAAUACUUCUCCCAAUGCACUGGAUUUCACGUGGGCGACACCACGCUCAUAAAUAGAGAUGGUCGGCGGCUGAUACGUCACCGAGACACCGCUUGCAUGGAGGAAGAGGGCUGCUACAGCUGCGGCUGCAGCGGAGGGGAAGCAGGACUACACCGGCAGGACAUGUUGAUAGAACUUCUCCGGCAGAAAGAGACGCGACAUCAGCGGAUGGCUCAUCUUCUAGCCGUGACGCUCCUACUGCUGCUUUCAGGAGCUCUGGCUCUGCUCGUCCCGCUUGUGUUCGGAGCGCGAGGCCAGCAGGCACCGGACAGCCAGCCGAUGCUGCAGCCUCACAUGCAUUCAUCAGGGGUCAGCCUCAAACAGGAGCAACAGAAAGACUUCAAGAAUCCAUGUGCCAUGCUAACAGCUCCUAGAGGCAACUACGGUAUUGGGACAUAUCUUGAAUGGGAGAGUGAGGUAGGACUUGCUUUCUGUCAUGGAGGUUUCAACUACUCCAGCGGGGACCUUUUGGUGCCCAGGACCGGCAUCUACAGAGUCUUCCUUCAGAUCACUUAUGAGAGCAAGGAUGACCCUAAUAAGUGUGUUGAUGAGCCGAGACUCUCCAACUCUGUGUUUUUUAUCAGGGAUGCCUACAAUGACAAUGUGGUUCUCCUGUCAUCAGUGGACACGUUGAAUUGCAGUAUAGAACAGUGGAGUAAAACCCUCUACACGGCCGGCUUGUUCUCCCUAGAGGCUAACGGCCGACUACACGUGAAGUCAUCCCACCCGGGCCUUAUUGUGAAGUCACAACACAAGGUGUUCUUCGGUGCUGAACUUCUGCCUCAGUAGUCAGCUAGAAUCCCCUGAUUCUGAUCUUGAAUUUGUUUGCACCUUCAACUCCAUGGAAAUCUGAGGGUAGUUGCCAUUGUAGUUUUAUGGUUUCCUUUAACUAUUACGGCUCAUGAAAAUAAGCCGCUGCUUAGUUUUGAUGUUGUUAUUAUCAGCUCACAGAGACAUACUAAUGGCUUAAAGCUUAAAGGCAAUACUGGAGAAACCUGCACGAGUGCACUAGAUUUUGAAAGUAUCCAACGUAAAAACCCAGCCCAGUGUUGCAAACUGUUUUCCAAUGACGGUAGCUAGCAGCACUAGCCCCAAAAUUUGCUAAAUCUAGCAAGGUAAUCGCCAAGUCGGCAAUAAUGACAGCCUGUCCCUUCAGACCUCCCUCAAAAAAGCCCCUCCCCCCAAAUUAUCAUUAUGAACAUCGACAACUAACAUAGCUGUUAUUAGUACUCACAGCUGUCAAGCUAGCAGCUAGUGGAAGACCCAGGUGACGUGCGCGGGCAAGUGCUACUUGCCAACCUCGAGACCUAAAGAAGGGGUAGUAUUUCAAAACCAAAGUGGGGGGGGGGGUCUCAAAAGUUUGAGUUUUAGGGUGCCAAGUCUCCGUGACGUCACCCACAGGUUUCUAAAGAGUCAUUGAGAAGCUAAAGUGGGUGUCUCCGACUAUCGCCAUCUUGGCAGUGACGACUCGUGGCUAAUCCAAAAAUGGGCAACGAGAUGAAUUGUCGGUGGAGCUGAGGCGGCCCAGGUGACCCAGCAGGGCAGACUAUAGCAGCUAGCUGGUACGGCACCCACCUGUCACUCAAAAGAGGCCACGCCCUCAAAUUAAGCCUAACUUUAAGCCUUUAUGUCAUUUAAACAGGUGAGUUACAUAGAAAUUCACCCCCGUACAGUUGUCAUGAGCAGGGAAAUGUUUCUGUACCAGGCUGUAUACAUGUUUAUUUCUUCUGUAGAGUUUGUCCUUCUAACAUGGGGGUCUAUGGGGAUUGACUUGCUUUUGGAGCCGGCCUCAAGUGGCCAUUUGAAGAACUGCAGUUGUAGGCACUUCCGAGUUGGUUUCAUUUAGCCGCUCGGUGCUUUCACACUUGUAGAUGGGUUCAUUCCGUCUGGACCAAGAGACAAAAAUGAUGCAUUUUAGUUCUGGUCUGGUUCCAGUUCACACUGACGUUUUACAAACAAACCAAGAGGAGUAAACAUGACGUUAUGCAAACUGACAAGUGACUUGUCGAUUGGACAGUUUUAGCGAUGGUCAUCCUGCAUCAUCAGGACCUACGAAGGGAAUUAUUGGUAUUAUUAGAGUCCAACUGGAAUUUAACAAAAGCUCCCAGUUGACUGGUGUGAACGUCGUGGAGUGCACAGACUGGAAAGCUGUUUCACUCUUUUUAAUGGACUUAAUGAACUGACCAAGUUGGAUACAGGCAUAGAAGUUUCCCUUCAGGGAGAAGACCUUUGCUGACAAGCAUUCAUGUACGUGUUGAUUUGCAUAAAUAGCUGAUAUACUGACGUGAAUCUCUGGCAUGAACAAUAUUAUAUCAGUUUUCAUGCAUUCAUUUUUUGCCUCUGCUUGAGUAUUUCUCUUAGACACAACGUGACAAAGACACCACUGCGAUCUUAAACUAUUGUUUGCGAUGGAUUCGACCGUGCCAAGGUCACCUUUCGCUGCAUUGAGCAAAGCCCAAUGGGCACUGCGCGCUGUAAUGUGCCCUGAACCCAGUGGUGAGCGCAGCUCAAACCGUGUUGUGUCGCCAUUAUGGAUGAAUAAAGGAAACAAUAAUUGGUGUAGCUGUAUUGUUAUCCGGAUGGAAUCCGUGGAGCGUAUACACAUCACGGACAUUUGUAACUUCACAGCCUGUUGGCAGAAAAGGAACUGUCAACUGUAUUAAAUAUAACUUAUUUUAUAUGUUUGAAACAUAAAUAAGCAUUUUGUCAUGAUCUUUAGUGCAGUUGAUUAAUUGAUUGUCAGAAAAGGAAAAAAAGUUACAAAUUAAGAAAAGAAGAAUUCCACUAGGUGAGGAUUCUCACGGUCUUACAUCAUUGUCCAUUAAAGACCUUUGUGAUCUGGACUGUUGGUCCGACUAAGCCAAGCCUAUCACCAUGUACACUUCAUCUCAAAAGCUGAAUGUGCUUAGUGCUGCAGGACAACAUGCGUUAUUUAGUGUUCAGCAUUAAAGUAACUUCAAUAAACUGACCAAUUGUGUUGUAAUACCAGACACGGCCGAACCCCUCAAUUAAUAUUUAUAUUGCUAACUCAGUGAGUUUGAUAAGGAAGGCUUGAAGAGUAAACAGUGAAGUUACCGGCAGACGCACAAACCCAGUCCACCUAAUUACUGUUUUAUGGUUUGUCUGAAUAUGUUUGUUUAUUAAGUAAUAAAGAGAUAAAAUGCACUUUGCAACUAGAUUAAAGUAGAUGUAAUGUGCGAACCAGCACAGUAUGACCAGCUCUGUCUGAAAGGUGAGGUCACAACUGUCUGCAUGUCUGACUCGAGAUGCUUGAGCAACGUCAGAAUAGUUGCUGUAGAUCUGCUGAUGGAUUUAAAAGGUAUCAUUACACGCCUGCUGUAUUGAUGAAUUUGGCUUCUGUACCCGAUGGGACUGUAAGCUGAUAAAAAUAUAUGGAAAUGGUUUUCUCUGUUAUUUAUCACAUGCAAGGUGCUGUUGAUCAAGUAUGCUUACAUAGGCACAUUUAACAAGGGUAAAGAUGUGUGUUUGAUUCAUUGUUUGCGGGGCACUGUGUACUCCAAGUUGGUGCUAUGCAAAUUGACAUUUUCCUGCUUUGACAGACAUGUUUUGUGAUCAUUCAUGUUUGUAUGUGUGCUGUAAAAGAAAAGUUAAAAAUAAAAA